UGACCCGCCCUCGUCCGCCCUGGCUGCCCCUUUCUCCUCCGCACCGCUCCCACAGUCCCCCAUGGUCCUGAGUUGUUUCGGGCACCGAAAACUGCGGAGGACCCGCUCGUCGGCCGUCCGGGCCCCAGUCGAGUCUGCUCUCGAGUCUGCACUCGAGCCGCCUCGCUCGCAUUCCCUGCCGAGGCUGUACGAGGACUGCAUCGAGCCCUGGCAACAUCCCGUCCAGGCUCUCGUCCAGCUCGCCCGCCAGCAGCCCAGUCCCGUCGCUCUCCACAGCCGUGAGGGCGACCGGGUCCAGGCCUUCACCUAUCGCCAGCUCUGGGAUCGGUCCUAUUCGAUUGCUCGGGGUCUGGCCAAUCUGCCGGGUUGGUCCAGCGACGAUGGCAUCGUGGCGCUCCACUGCCCGCCCGAUGCGCACUGGGUGUUCUUCACAUAUGCCCUCUGGAUUCUUGGAAAGAGACCUCUUAACUUUGGCCUGGAUUGGCCGCCCACUACUCGAAACAUUAUAGCAGAAAGACACUCCAUCAAGUUCAUUCUUUACUCAUCUCUCGAACCCGGGAGAAUCGAAAACGUCACGGCCGUGGACGGGAGACUGCUCCCGCUCCUGGGGCCGAUACCUCAUCCAUCACUCGACCUCUGUGCUGCAUCGCCCGAGAUGAUUGCCUAUUUGGCGACCUCUGGCACCACAGGCUUACCAAAGACCUUCCCGGUGCCCUACACCAUGCCCUCACCCCUGCGGAUCUUUUGGGGUGUGACCAGCGGAAGCACUGGUGUCUUUCAGAUGCCCUCCUUUGGUGUUUCGGUUGCCUCGCUCGUGCUCUCGAUCAACACCUGCGGGUCCAUGAUGGUGUCCAGUUCCUCCAUGGACCCGCUUCAAAAGGCCGCCGACGUCAUCUUCUGGCUUGACAAGGGCAUGCAGAUUCUGCAGACAACGCCUUCCUUUCUCAAGGUGGUUCUCCGAAUGGCCCAGAUCCACCAAAGUGCGGUGGUUUGGCCUGCUGUCACCCGCCUUGUGCUGGUUGGAGAAAUGAUCCCUCCAUCGCUCGUCAAGACCGCCAAGGCAUUCUUUCCCAGCGCCACGAUUCACUGUGGCUACGGGUCCAUUGAGAUGGGCGUCAUCCGGGCGUUUGGCUUCUGCACCAUCGACCCAGACGCCCCUGCUCCCUCGAAGCUCGUGUACUCGAUUGCGAACCCCAACGUCCGCCCCUUCCUCCUCGACGAUGAGGGGAGCGUCGUCGAUUCAAAUGCCGCACGCUCCGGGAUACUGUGCCUCGCCCUUCCCAAGGACCAUCAUGUCCGAUUCCAUGCGAGCUUUGUUCACUGCGACCGCGCCGAUCCUCUGUCCCCCUUUGGGUUUCUUGAAGACGGAUCUCCGUGCGUACGCACCAUGGAUGAAGUCGAGUUGGUUGGCAAUGAACAGUUUGUCAUCCUGGGGAGAUUCGGCCGCAAGGUCAAGAUCAACGGUGUAUUUGUCGAUCUGCAGUAUCUGGAAAGCAUGCUCCUGGAAAAGAUGUGCGAGGUGCUCGUCGAUUGCACCCUUGUCCAGACUCUUGAGCUCAAGAUUGUGCUCUUUUUCGUCUUGAAGCAAGUCACGGCCCCCGGCCUUGGUCCGCGGCAGGUGCUGGAUCUGGCUGCGAGCGUGUUCGCUCUCCGAAACGUACCCAACGUGCCCCUCCACAACUGCAUCCCCUUGGACUGCAUCCCACUGACGGACUCUGGCAAGCGCGACCAACGAAGGCUGCAGGAGAUUGCCGAGCGAGCAGACCUCCAGGGCCUGGCCAUCUCGUAUCCCCUGAUCGACGACUAUCAAACGCCGCUGUCGCGCGUUGCUCUGAGGAUUGCCCAGCUCGGGAGCCAGAUCAUCGACUCUCAGGAGCUCGAAAGGCGCAACUAUUACAUUGCCGGGGUUGGCUUUGAUUCGCUCAGUGCCAGUCGGCUGUCCUUGGCCCUCAAGACCGAGUAUUGCGUCGAGGUUCCGCCACCGAUCUUACUCUCCCACGGCAUGACGCCCAACAACGUUGCCCAGAUCAUCCUCGACAUUUCCGACAGUCGGCCGUUCAACCCAGCUGCUGUGGAUCUCGCCGCCGAGGUUGCGAAGCGUGACGAUCCCUCUGUGACUGCAAACGGCCUUCCUCCGUUUGUGUUUCCGGCAUCGCCUCGGGCCAUCUUGCUCACAGGCGCGACGGGGUUUCUGGGCGCCUUCCUGCUUUUUGAACUGGCCGCCAAGUUCCCCGCCGCCCAAAUUGUAUGCCUCGUUCGCGCUCCCGACGAGCCGUCGGCCAAGAUGCGUGUUGAGCGAGCAGCCUGGAACUUUGUCGUCGCCUCGCGAGACCAGAGCGCUUCUCGCUUCCGUAUCAUGGACCGAGUCACAUGCAUCUGCGGCGAUCUGUGUCUCCAGCAGUGGGGAAUCUCUGACCAGCGAUGGGCACAGCUGGCGAAGGACAUUGACGUUAUCGUCCACAACGGCGCCAAGGCCCACUGGCUGCAGAGCUACGAACGACUCUGCCGUGCCAAUGUCGAGGGCACGAUCACGGCGCUCCGCCUGGCAACAACGCACCAUCUCAAGGUCGUUCACUACAUCUCCACGACCGGGACGCUCCCGGCGUCGGGUGCAUACCGAGAGCGCCUCUCCGAGUCAGUCUACGCGCAGUCUGAUGUAUCUGGCGGAUACGCACAAACCAAGUGGGCCUCUGAGCAACUGAUCAACAAGGCACGGUCCCGCGGAGUGCCUGCGACGAUUAUCCGUCCAGGGGUCGUUGGCGGGGACAGCAUCUACGGAGUCUCCAACACCAAGGAUUCCAUCUGGAAGUAUAUCCGCGGAUGCAUCGAGAUUGGCGCAGCCCCGUCGCAUGUGAGCGUCGUGUCGGUCAACAUGGACCCCGUCGACCUGGUUGCCCAAAUUGUCGCAGCGAUCGUGGCCUCUCCCGAAUCGCUAUCCCGAUUCGUCUUCCACGUCAGCGAUUUGACUAGCCGCAUCUCCGAGCGGGAUAUCUUUGAGGCCGUCACCAGUCUCGGGUGGAAUGUGAUGUUCCAAACCCGCGGCCAGUUCCGACAGCUCCUGGUGACCUCAGCCAACCGCCGCAGCAACGCCCUCUUUCCGCUGAUGGACAUGGUCAUGUCGCUUUCAUUCACGCUCGACUCGACCAACACCAACUCAAUCUUUACUGGAAUCAGACCCACUGCGAUCAACACCCUGCGCGCCAGCCUUCGUUACCUGGAGUUGGUCAAGUAUCUCCCCGCUUCUGCCUCACGACUGAUGACAAGCGAUAGCAUUUCGUCCCAAUCGUCUCGAUCAUCUGCGCCGAUGGAAGGCGGGGCUGCGUGAUGCUGCAAACGCAGCGUCUGUUGCAUAGCCCUGUCUCUCCUUCCCGUCCCCUCUCCGAU